AUGAAGAUUGGUUGGUUAAUCUUCGCUCUUUUUGGGCAGAUAAAAGGAGAGAAGGUCAAAUGUCCUGUUGGCUGUGAGUGCGAUUUGACAGUCACGAACUGUAAUGAUCCUACCUUGAGAUAUCUAAACGCAAGCGGAAUCGACGACCGUACCGAAAUCCUUAUCUUGGAUGGAACCAACUUUACCGAAGUGCCUUCAACCUUCCUCUCCGGUCUUCAAAACCUGAAAGAACUGGUCUUCCGCGCAAACCCUUUUCAAGCUCUGAGAACGGGCGCUAUUCGCGAUAUGAGCAGCCUUGAAGCCAUCAAGUUCGAAGACUCCAAGAUCAAUUAUGUCGAUUGUGGCGGUUUUCUUAAUUUGCCAAACUUGAAAGAAGUGAGUUUUGAGGACUCAAAAUAUCUGGUUUUUCUCGCCAGUGGUGCUUUCAAGGAAUGUCCAGAAGUCGUAAAGCUAGAUAUAAGCGGGACCUCCUUGCGCUAUUUGGAUUUGAACUUUGCACCCGAGGUCGCUGGAAGUGGAGAUUUACGCUGCUCCUGCUACAACGACUGGGUUUCGGAUGAACUCUGCCAAGAAGGAGAAGAGAAAGAAUCUUGCGAUGAGCCAGUGGCAGUUCUUGAGCGAUACACUUUUGACUUUGAAGCUAAUUCGCCCCAUGAAGCAAGGUGUUUCUUCGUUGGUGGUGAUUCGGACGAAGCAACAAUUACCUCGUUCACUGGAGAACAAGUCGGGGAAAACGGACGAUUUCAGCCAGCACUAGUCGAUCGAACAUUGGAUGGAGAAUAUCUGUGUUCUCUUGGCUCCGCCCAGCACAUCAUGCAAAUUGAUGUUUUUAGAUCAGAAGAUGAUGCUCUAAUCGAUGCCCAAAACGACAAACCUUCGAAACUGACCGUGGCGACUUUGGACGUUGAUUUUUCAUCGGAUUUGCCGUUCUUUGGCGAUUAUUUCGAUAUUACGUUUGUUAACGUUACUGAUUAUGACGAGAAAAAUGAGACGGAAGGAAGUACUGAGGGAUCUUCGGAAGGGAGUGGAAUGGAUGACUCAGUUUCGGAAGAGCAUGUCGACAUCAAAACUGGCUCUGUUGGACGAUGGACUGGUUGGUACAUUUUCUGGCUGACCCUUGGCCUCGUAGCGCUGAUAUUCUGCCUUUUGCUUUGCCACAUUAUGCCACGUUGUGGUUUUUAUCUUGUCAUGUUUAAUUUGAACCGCUUUCAACCGCGCAAACAACCGGUCUAG